ACACGGCUGGACUUUCGCAGUUUUAACAGACUUUAGGAUUUCUGGGAACACCGGCCGAAGUUCUCCGUCGAGGUGUUUCGAUUCAGAAUUUCCCGAACAUGAAACGGGAGGAAGGUGAAACCACCGCGGAAGCACCCCGAGCUCCGGUUUCCUCCGCGGCCAACACCGCAGAGCAGUCGGGGAAGAUGAGGGUUAUUUACGCCGUGUACGUCCUCGCUGCUCUGGAUAUCACCUGGAUGUUUUUAUCGUUCUCCGUGACCCCAUAUUUGGCAAAGAAACUUGGCUUUGACACAUUGUGGUUUGGUUAUUUGCAAACUACAGUUGGGGUGAUACAACUAAUUGGAGGUCCCAUGUUUGGAAGGUUUGGAGAUCUCUUUGGAGCACGAGCUGCCUUGUCUUUAGCAUGUGCAGCAAGCACAGUUUUCUUUCUGCUUCUGGCCAUCGCAGACCAUCCCUUCCUGCUUUUUGUCCACAAACUACCUACAGUCUUUAUGCACGUCCUGCCUGCGUGCCAGAUGGUCGUUACGGACCUCUCAGAGCCUGAGAAACGGGCCGACGCUUUAUCCAAACUGGGUCUGUGUUUUGGCAUCGGGAUGAUCGUCGGUUCCACAUUAGGGGGACACCUAAGCACGCACUAUGGGGAGACGUUUGCAGCAUGUGUUGGUGCUGCAGGGAGUGCCCUGAGUUUGCUAAUUGUUUUAAGCUUCAUCCCAAAGUCUACUAAAUCCGAGGCCUCUAGAAGCAGCACUAAACCUGAGAAGCAAAACCAGAAGGUGUUCAGUUUGGGAGAGAUCACAAGACUGAUGAAGUUUCCAGGCGUGAUGAGGAUUUUCCUCAUCAAAAUCAUCGCAGGUUUGCCCUCAGGCAUAUUUCAGGUGAUGUUCUCCAUCAUUGCGAUGGACUUCUUCAAGCUGGAAGCGCAGCAGAAUGGCUACCUGAUGGCCUACUUUGGCAUCGUCCAAAUGGUUGUUCAGGGAGGAGUGAUUGGUCGACUCUCGUCUGCAUUUCCUGAGAAAACCCUGCUUCUCUUGUCCAUCGGGAUUACAGCAGGUGUGGGCCUGGCUCAGGCUUACAUGCAGACUGUGUUCCAGCUCUGCCUCACCGUCACACCUUGGAUCUUUUCUCUCAGCAUUUUUAACGUCAUCACUGACAGCAUGCUCACCAAAAGAGUCCCGUCCUCUGACACAGGAACCAUGCUGGGACUGUGUGCAUCCGUUCAGGCUCUGGUUCGUACAAUCGGACCGACCAUUGGAGGUUUCCUGUACAUGAACUACGGCCUCUCUUCAAUAGGCCUAAUUGAGUUUUUUGUGAAUAGUCUUGUUUUUGUUUACCUGCUGCAUCAACUCCUCAGUAAGACAGAGAGGCAGAAAGAAUGAAAAUAUCCGUUUAUUUUUCUGUUUUUAGCUUCUUUUUUUUUUUUUUA